AUGGCCAUCCGACCACUCUCUCGUUCACUCGGCCAUUCUCCAAUCUUCAACCAACGACAGAUUAUCAACCUACCCCCGAUCCAUCACCAUCACUUCAUACAUCUGACGACUACCAGGCCAGAGCAGGUACCACCAGUCCCAGCCAAGCCUCCCGUCUCCAAACCGAAUAAGGCACGUCUUACUCCCACCCGGAAGCUGAUCGGAGCGGCGAAUCGGAAAAUCUUGGACGAUGAUCUGGUGGCCUUACUAAUCGCUCUGGGGCAUUCAUGGCCGAUCCCUCAUCCGCUUUCAUCAACGACCUUGGAGGAUGGUCGUCCAGCACCGAUUCUCAAUGGAUCCGACUUCGACAAGCUCCGCUCGACAAACGCAAAACUGCUCAGCAAGCUAUCCCCACGCUCACUAGCGCUCUUCCUCCGUUACAUCCUCGCCGCAAGGUUCGACUCGUUUACCUUGAAAUUGAUUGAGGACUUGAAUCGGCCUACUUCAGCCUUCAAAAUCCAACAGCGAAUCACAAUCUUCCAGGUCCUCAUCGGUCUCUCUCGAACCAAACGACAAUGGCUCACGACGGAGGACAAGCAAUUGAUAUUUGUUUCCGACGCUGCAAUCUCAAACUACUUUGGACGACUUCUCCAGCUCAUCAAGUCGCCCGAUCUCCACGGCCUUGGGCCUGAAGACCUUCGUUGUGUGAUGCGUGCCCUGAGACGGUCAUCCAACCCUCUUUUUUGGGAUCCCAAGUUGAUGCGACAGAUCUGGCAAGAGAUCAUCAAGACCGAAUCCAACGAUAACCGACGCCAGACCAACGCCCGGCUUGGGGUCCGCUCAGUCCUCCACUGGAUUAGCAACUACAGUCCAUCUCAACAGGGUCCCAGCGCCUCUCAACUUUCACCUGCGAUGUGGUCGUUAUGCCUGCAAGUAUGGUCUCAGCUACUAGAAUGGGGAGAAAUCACAUCCGAGGACCUCAAUCCUUCAGAAAGCGAUCAGACCAAUGUUCUCUCUCCUGCCGAUCAAGCCAUUCUGACCAUGCUCUCGCCCAUCAUCCGUUCGGCCUCACGUCGCUAUACCGCUGAGCCCUUGAACAGGGACAAUGCCAAGCUCUUCAAGAACGCCUGUGAAGCCCUCCAACUUCUCAUGAGCCGCUCCUCCUCAACGGUCACCUCGAGCACGGUCGAGAAGCUGGUACCACAACUGACAAAUGCCUUCCUACACGCCGUCCAUCUCGACCAUCGAGCACCCGCGCCGGAGAUAGCCUCGAUUCUCACCCAGUAUCCCGGUCUCGACACCGUCAGUGAUCGGUGGUCACGCGAGGGAAUUUCGGAGGAAGAUUAUCGACUGUAUAGGCAGACGCUAGAGACAAUACAUAGACUGGGUCGGGCCAAUUUGCUGGUGAGCUUCUGGCUGGACUUGUUGCCGAUGAUCAAUGUUGGCCGGGCUGGAUGGCCGCUGGACAGACUCUUGUCGGCACUCUCCGAGCUUGCGAAUCCGCUCGUCCGGGCGGUCUCGGGCAAGCCACUCAAUGGGUUCAGGUUCGCCCGGCUGGUCUUGCGGAUCGUUAAAGCGCUCGAGUCCGAGAGCGACCCUCGGCUAGUUCCGAGCCGACGACAGGCCUUCCGCAUGCUCAUCGAGCGGCCCGAUCUACACACGUUUGACUGGCUCUCGCGCGAGGAGCGCCAGUUCGACCGGGACGGCAACGAGCUCGACUGUGUUCCUGAGGCCCCCUCAAGCCUACUCGCCGAGAACAUUGAGACCCUCUUCGGGCUUUGGCAGUCCUCCUGGGCGCUCACAAAGCGUCUGACGAGCGAGACCGAGGGCGAACCGGUGCUGUUGCCAACCUUGAUGGGCGUGACGAGGCUAGUGCAGACGAUCAGGACGGAGCGGACUGUGUUCUUACUGAAGAUGGUCAUCAGCAGAUUCGUGGCCGACCGAACCCCGCCGCUGACGGUGGAAGAGGCGCGGUCGAAGUAUCUCUACAACCCUCAGGCCCGACUGACCGACAUCGAGCGGACCCGACUGAUCGAAGCACAUCUGAGUGUGGGUGGCGAGCUCAGUCGGAGAUUUAUCAUCGACCUCUUCACCUCCUUCCUCCAUCAUCGCAUCGUUCCCUCCGUCGAAGAUCUCAAACUCCUUCACGCUUUCCUCAUCCAAAUCGAGCCUGCAAAAGCUACACAGUUUUGGAAAGAUCACGCCGCUUCUGUGAACGGCUUACCCUGGUCUCUCUACGAUCAUUCUAAAGCGUACCCCGUCGCUUGGGAUCCCUCUCGGAUCGAAAUCGCUAAAGAAAUCUUCAUUAAUAGAUCUCUUAAUCCUCCCUCUAACAAUCAUUCAGAAAAUAAAGAUGCAAGUGGUGCAGAGGGUGUUGAUCAUCAUCCUUAA